UCAAUGUGAAGAUUGGGAAUCAUAACCAUGUGAUUCCUUACUUGUAUGUCUAUAUAUAUGGCUACAAUUCAUAUCCCAUAUAUUUCUGAUUGAAGCUAAAAGGCCCCAUCAUACAGCUGGGUGGAACAUGGUUUUGCCUUCACAUGUUUCCUCAAGAAAUUAAAGCCUCUCAAGUACUUUAAAUAGGUCGCUUCCAAGCGAACUUUGAUCAUCAAACACUACAACUUUGUCUAGCCAAUAUCCAGGGUUUCUAUAGAUCUUACUCUCUUCCAUUCUCUAUUUUCUAAGUUAAUACCAUGAUCAGCUCCAAGAAGCUCAUCAAGCUGGCCAAAAGAUGGCAGAAAUUUGCUUCCAUCCGACGAAAGAGGAUUUCAUUUCCAAGUCUAUAUGAUGAUGCAGAUAGCUGCAGUACUUCUUCUGCGGUUAACAAGGGCCAUUUCACUAUCUACACUGCUGAUCAGAAGCGGUUUGUUGUCCCUCUAUCUUAUCUCGAGAAUGAAAUCAUUAGGCAACUCUUAAGUAUGUCCGAAGAAGAAUUUGGACUUCCAAGCGAUGGGCCUAUUACGCUACCAUGUGAUGCAGUCUUCAUGGAAUACAUCAUUUCACUUCUUACCCGAGGUUUAUCCCAAGAACUCGAGAAUGCAUUGCUAGUCUCAGUUACUUCACACCGGUGUUCAUCAGCUCCACUACACCAUGAAGGGUGGAGAAAUCAGGAAUUGCUAGUUUGCUGACAUUAAUGUCAAUAAGUUUUGUAAAUGAGGAUAUCAGUUUUGUAAAUGUGGAUAAAUGGUCAUACUUUUACAAAAGAACUUUGUUUUUGCAUCUA